UUUUGGUGUUUGUGUUAUAUGCACGUACGGGGUUUUAAGUUUUAACUAUAUAUAUUAUUGAGAUUUAAUUAAAACGGAUUAAUUUUGGCAUAUUUUUUUAUGUAAAUUCAUUUUUCUUGAAAUUUUAGACUAGUUGUGUAAAUAUGGAUAGAAAAGUGUAAAAUGAUCACUGAUGGGACUGAUUUGUUGUGGAUCCUCACCCUUAAUUGAGUAAAGCAUCCUUGCAUGAAAUAGUACUUUGAAGCACCAUAAAUAUUCAUUUCCUCAGCCAUCUACCCUCAUCUUUCGACGAUGAUGAACAAGAGGAGCUCCAUGAGAACGUCUCAAUCAUUUCAGCAGACGAAUAACAACGCUGCUCCAUUGGGCGAUCGUUAUAAAAGGUCUAUUUCCGCCGUAGACCUAUUCCCGACUUCUCCUGAUCAAUCUCAACAGGUGAUGCAUCAUUUCACUCACUCCCACCACCCCAUCGCGCUCGUGAACCUGCUGGAUACUUUCACCUGCUCUGGCUGCAAAGAGCGAGGCGGUGCGGGCAAGAGGUUCGCAUGUCAGAUGUGUGAUUUCCAGCUUCAUGAUUUCUGUGCCUUGUCCCCUCCUUUUCUUAAAUCCCACCCCCUUCACGCUCACCACCAACUUGUCUUUUAUACCAAACCCAAAACAGGGGGGAUUCGAUGGCCCACAUGUAACGUUUGUGGAAAGGCAACAAGAGGGUUUAUGUUCAGAUGCAACAUCUGCCACUUCCAGAUGCACCCAUGUUGUGCUAUGCUUUCUGACCAGAUCAACUACCCGUCUCUGCACAGGCACCCCUUGAACCUCUUGCCUCCUGACGAUCAGCCCUGUGGAGAGUGCAACAGAAAGAGGUCUGGGCGCCUAUACGGGUGCAGGGUUUGCGGGUAUCAUCUCCAUGCAGUGUGUGCCAAGGACUUGAUCAAGGGGCUCAAAGUGAGCAGUGAGAAGUCGGGGGUGCUGGGACCGGCCGUCCGGUUCGCUUCACAGGCGGUGAUUGAGUUCAUCGGGGGACUCAUUGACGGAAUAGGGGAAGGGGUUGGAGAGGCUCUGGUUCAAAACGUCACCAGGAGUCCAGCUGGCUACAGUUGUGGAACCAGAAGAAUGUAACCAACAAAUUCCAAACCUACUUUUUUCUAUUCAUGUUCCCUUAUUAAUCAUUGUCAUAUACUCGUUUGACAUUAUGGCUACUUGUACCCCAUACAAAUGCAUUAUAGUGUUGUAAAUUAUAAGAUGUGAUCGAUGACGUAAAACAAAGUAUCAUUAAUUGUUGUAUAAUUAAUUAAUUUAUUAUUGCUAAAA